AUGGACGAGGUGGAAAAACAACUGGAACGGGUCCGGUUUGAGAAAAUCCAGCCCAUCUAUUCCAAAAGACGUGGGCUAUUGAUCGAGAUCGCCAGCUUUUGGUACAUUGUUUUGGCUGAGCACGAGGACUUCCAGGAGUACAUCCAGACCCAGGAUAUGAAGUAUCUCGAGUACAUCAAGGAGAUUUACGUGGAAUAUUUGGUGGAGGACGAUCCGUUGAAGUUUUCCAUAACAUUUGGGUUUGAAGCUCCCAACGGCGAAAUCCCAACACAAUCGGUGACCAAAGUGUUUGAGAAGACGCGGGAUGCAGAUUCUGGCGAGGAGAAGCUGGUUUCCUCGGCUGUGGGGUUCGAUUGGCCUAAAGACCUCGACUCUAUUAACCCUUUGCUGAUUAAAAGUAAAGGCGAUCUUACUCCAGCGGAUAAAAAGAACUACAGAACAGGAAUGAAGUCGUUCUUCGCGUUCUUCGCAUGGACAGGAAAAAAACCAGGAAAAGAGUACCGUCACGGCGAAGACCUGGCCCUACUGAUUGCCGAAGACUUGUUCCCUCAUGCCACUAAAUAUUAUACAGAAGCCGCUCCAGGACUGGGCGACGAGGAGGAGGACGAAGAGCUCGGCUCCAGCAGCGAGGAGCUCGAUCUCGACGACGAGCCGGACUCCAAGAGAAUCAAACUUGAUCUGUGA